AUGAAAGAAAUGAAAACCAAGGAUGUGAUCGGUGCGUUGGCCAACCUUUAUGCGACACAACUCAAUCUAUGUUCCAAACAUCUUGAAACAAAUGUCCCUAAGAUGAUUCAUGCUCACAUGAUCGCUUCUGGGUUUAAACCACGAGCCCAUAUCCUAAACCGAUUAAUGGAUUUGUAUUGCAAAUCAUCGAAUUUUAAAUAUGCACGCCAACUGUUUGAUCAAAUUCCUCAACCAGAUAUUGUAACAACAACCACUUUUAUUACUGCUUAUUCCGCUUCUGCUGAUUUAAAAAUGGCAAAACAAUUUUUUAACAACACCCCGUUAUGUAUCCGCGAUACGGUUUGUUACAAUGCCAUGAUUACAGGUUGCGCUCAUAAUAACGACGGUAAUGCGGCGGUUGAGCUUUUUCGCGAGAUGAAAAGAUAUGAUUUUCGGCCUGAUAACUUUACUUAUACUAGUGUGUUGUCUGCAUUGUCACUUGUAGCUGAGUAUGAAUCACAUUGUCAGCUUCUGCAUUGUGAGAUUGUUAAAUCCGGAUUAGGGUUUGUCACGUCGGUUUUAAACGCUCUUAUUUCUGUUUAUGUUAAGUGUGCUUCGUCGCCUUUUGUAAUGGCUUCUUCCAUGAUGGCGUCGGCUAGAAAAGUCUUUGAUGAGAUUCCGGUUAAAGACGACUUGUCGUGGACUACUAUUAUAGCUGGGUAUGUAAAAAAUGAUGAUUUGGAGGGUGCUAGUGAAGUCUUUGAUGGUAUGGAUGAAAAGUUAGUUGUGGCAUGGAAUGCAAUGAUUUCGGGAUAUAUGCAUAAAGGGCUUGUUUCUAAAGCGUUAGAUAUGUCGAGAAAGAUGCAUUUACUUGGUAUGAAGUUUGAUGAGUAUACUUAUACAAGUAUUCUUGGUGCUUGUGCUACUGGUAAACUGUUUUUGCAGGGAAAAGAAGUGCAUGCUUACAUAAUUAGAAAUGUUAGAAACCCAUCUCGGGAUUUUUUGUUUAGUGUUAACAAUGCGUUGACUGCUGUAUAUUGGAGAUGUGGUUAUAUAGAUGAUGCUAGAAAAAUAUUCGAUAAGAUGCCUGUAAGGGAUCUUGUUUCGUGGAAUACAGUUUUAUCUGCAUAUGUUGAUGUAGGGCGAAUUGAAGAAGCCCGGGCCUUUUUUCAUAAUAUACCCAAAAAGAAUGAGUUGACUUGGAGUGUUAUGAUAUCUGGAUCCGCACAAAAUGGGUUGGGUGAAGAAGGUUUGAAGUUAUUUAACCAAAUGAGAUCAUCAUGCGAAUGUCAACCUUGUGAUUAUGUGUUUGCUGGCGCCAUUAUUUCAUGUGCAGUUCUUGCAUCACUAGACCAUGGGCGGCAACUCCAUGCUCAACUUAUCCAAUCAGGUUUUGAGUCGAGCUUAUCUGCAUCCAAUUCGUUAAUCACUAUGUAUGCUAGAUGUGGGGUUUUGCAAGAUUCACAAUCCAUCUUUCUUUCAAUGACGUCUUUAGAUUCAGUUUCUUGGAAUGCCAUGAUUGCAGCUUUGGGUCAACACGGGCAUGGUGGUCAAGCAGUUGACCUUUUUGAACAAAUGCUGAAAGAAGACAUAGUUCCUGACCGAAUAACAUUUCUCACAAUUCUGUCCUCUUGUAGCCAUGCGGGUCUAGUUGAUAUAGGGCAACACUAUUUCAACUCAAUGCAAUCAUAUGGCAUAAAACCAGGCGAAGAUCAUUAUGGUCGUUUAAUCGACUUACUUUGUCGAGCCGGAAAGUUCUCAGAAGCAACAGAAGUGAUCCAAAAAUUGCCAUUCAAUCCAGGAGUGCCUAUAUGGGAAGCACUACUAGGUGGAUGUGGAAUCCAUGGAAAUAUGGAAUUAGGGCUCCAAGCUGCAGAUAAACUAUUUGAGCUAAUUCCACAUCAUGAUGGGACAUACAUACUUCUCUCAAACAUGUAUGCAAAUUUACACAAAUGGAAUGAUGUUUCGAGGGUUCGAAAUAUGAUGCGUGUCCGUAAAGUGAAAAAAGAACCCGCUUGUAGUUGGAUCGAAGUUGACAAUAUGUUCCAUGUAUUUUUAGUAGAUGACACUAGACACCCUGACAUUCAACAGGUGUAUAGGUACCUUGAGGAACUGGUUUUCAAGAUGCGGGAAUUAGGGUAUGUUCCAAAUACAAAAUGUGUCUUACAUGAUAUGGAGAAUGAACAAAAGGAAACUGCAUUAUCUACUCAUAGUGAGAAGCUUGCAGUCGCUUAUGGUCUUCUGAAGCUUCCAUCUGCAGCCAUGAUUCGGAUUUUCAAGAACUUGAGGAUUUGUUUGGAUUGUCAUAAUGCUUUUGGGUUCAUGUCACAAGUUGUGGGGAGAGAACUUGUUGUAAGAGAUGGGAAGAGGUUUCAUCAUUUUAAGAAUGGAAAAUGUUCUUGUGGAAAUUAUUGGUGAGACAAAACACCGGGGUACAGUAUUAGGAGUUUAGGACUCAUAACUCGUGAAAAACAGUAUUGAGUGUCACUUACUUACAGAACACGGGGCACUGUUUUGGUUAUCAACAGAGACAGAAUCAACAUAUAGAAGCUUGUGUAUAUGAUCAUUGAUAUAUCAGUAUUUUCCAACCAUUUGUAUUCGGCAUCUAAGACCUUGUAAAGAUGAGAAUUGUGCCGCUUUGAGGAGGAACAACCAACUCAAUCGGUCGAUUGAGUUACGACCAUCUGAAGCUUGUAGGUAAACGAGCAACAUAUCUUUGAUCUCAGGUCCGCACAACAGUUUGACUCCAAUUUUGACAUUCCCCAAGUUUAACUUUUUCUUUUUUAAAAUUAUUUAUCACGUAAGUUGCGUGAAAACAGGACUUCUGUAGAAUUACAUUUGCAGAUAGGUAGACAAGUCAAUAUUUUAGGCAUUAUAUGAAAUGUGGUUAUGCGUCAUAUGAAAAUAAGUUGUGCCAAUGUUCAU